UUGAAAAAUGAAACGAAAGAAGGAGAAAGGGUGUUAUCCAAAGUCCAACAGUUGCAGUUAGUGUCUGUCUCCGACCAUGGCAACGUUGUUGUUGGCAAAACCAUCUUCUUUUCCCAAAAUUCCGUGUCCAAGAGUCAGCCACAGCGGAAUUGGAUCUGUGAAGUAUGAAAUUAAAAGCAAAGCGAAAGCGGGUGUGAUGGGACUUGGUCUGUUCCAUUUCCUCAACUUUGUCGAACCCGCUUCGUGUCUUCAACUCCACGAACCCCCCAAUGCCCUCUCUUUGCCCACCUGGGCCAUUCAUGUCUCCAGCGUCGCUGAAUGGAUUAUAGCCAUGCUCUUGGUGUGGCAAUACGCCGACAAAUCUGGAUACACAGCUUGGAAGGGCCUUUCUUGGGGUAUGGUUCCUCUACUUGGUGGAGCUUUUUGUGCAUGCACAUGGCAUUUCUUUUAUAACUCUGAGUCCCUCGAGGUAUUGGUGGCUCUUCAAGCGGCACUGACUGUUAUAGGUAAUGCCACAAUGUGCAUAGCUGCAUAUCGGAUAUACAAAUCAUCCCAAGGCUCCUAGAACUUUUGAAUUUAUGCACGUGGGUAUCUAGAAUCAAGCAUAUAGGCCUCAAAGAAAUCAAAGGCUUCUGCUGAUUGGUAAAUUAUUCUUCAUGGGAUGGAUGAAUAUGAGAAUAGUCUGCUGACAUGCCAUAAUAUUUUCGAGUGAUGAAAAUGGAAACCUUAUCAUAUACUGUACAUUCUUAAUUGAAUGAUAUUCCAUCAGCUGCUGAUUUCAGUCUAUAUUGUGUUUUCUAUGACAAGAUAAACAUGCUGGGAGAUAUGCUCAUUCUUUCUCAAUUUUAUGUAACAUGUUUUUUUUUUUUUGUUAAUUCCUGAGUCUCAAUUCAACUUCGAAUGACUUUUUAAGAUCUUGUAUACGAUGAACAAUGUCCUUAGUCUAGCAUGUUUGUACAUCAAGUGCUUGUUCUGAACUAUUUCUAA